AAUCAAAUUCACAAAACAGAAGCAAGACAAGCUUAACCCAAUACAAACCCUCCUUUGAACCAAAACAAAAGCAAAACUUCCAUGCUUGUAACCAAAGCAUGAAUGAGGAGGAGCAAAAGAAAACCUAAGAAAGCAAACUGAACCCUGUUUAUUCUAAGACUAUCCUUCCCUAAAGCAGCACGUAGAAUACAAGGAUUAGCACCCAGAGAAGUGGUAAAAUAACAUCCUAGGAUCUCGAUCCAUGCAACAAAUUAUAAUCAUUAUCAUUAUGCUAUACAUGUAAUCCACUUACAUGCGCCUAUGAUGUGGAUGCAACAUAGUCUAUCUGCUGGCUUUGGCUUAUUAGCUUCACAAUGUGAUUGGACUCGUAUUUGGACCCAUUCAAAUUCUUUUACACUCUACUCUCGAGCCGGUAAGCAAAUUGAUGUUGAGAUCGCUGCUGUUGAGGAGAAUUUGGGAGGAGGCAGUAGAAGAGGCAACAUCGGCAUCAUUGAACUAGUAGAGGAAGGCAGCCGCCUCAUAGAGGUGGCAGAGGGCUGCGACGGUGAAGGGGAAGAGGUUGUCGUCCUCGAGAUGGCGAAGGGAGUUGGAGGGGAGGUGGCUAAGGGUGGGGAAGAGGGAGACAAAGGGGAGGUGCAGGGUGGGGGAAAAGGGAGACGGAGGGGAGGGGAGGUGCCGGAGGGUGCGGAAGAGGGAGAAAGAAGGGAGUUGGUAAAGGGUAGGGAAGGGAAUGGGAGGUGGAUGAGGGUGGGAAAGAGGGAGACAGAGGGGAGGUGCAGAUGGUGA